GGCUAAACGCACCGAGUUCCUCCUACUCAUCGAUGAACGCCAAUCUGCCUUAAACCCCAGUCUACACCAUACGACUGAUGCGACUGUCGCUCACUGACCAUCGCAUCUAUCGUGCUCUUUAAAUUCGCAAGUUGAGAUUACAACAGAUCUAUUGAAUCUGUUUCACAAGAUGGCCGCCUCCACGCCAGAAAUUAUUCUCUACGACUUAGGCAGUACUGAGGGUAUCUGCUUCUCUCCUGCUGUUUGGCGGGUUCGCCUUCUGCUCAAUUACAAGAAAAUCCCUUACAGUACCACAUUUCUCGAAUUCCCAGAUAUUGAGCCUACAUUGCGACCAUUCGGCUUGGUUCCCGAUGCAUCCACGUCAGGAACCAAAUACACAGUCCCUGCUAUUCACCACCUGCCAAGCAACACGUACCUGAUGGAAUCAGAUCACAUCGCUGAGUUCCUUGCGUCCAACUAUCCGAGUCCCCCAUUGUCCCUCACGUCUGAUUUGGGGAAAGAGAUUAAGACUAAGGCGCGAGCUGCCACGGCGAAAGCCAUCAGCUGCUCAAUCAUGCCGCGCGAGAUACAAAUUCUGUCCCCACGUGCGCAGGAAUACUUCCGGCGCACCCGUGAGGCUGUACUUGGCCAUCCACUCGAGGAUCUGCUCGAUCCGAAGAGGGAGGAAAAGGCCUGGAGCGGGGUCAGUAACGGCAUGCGCGCCAUUGAAGAAUUGUUGAAAACGAACGAAGCCGAUGGGCCCUUUAUACUAGGCGCCAGGCCGAGCUACGAUGACUUCUUUAUUGCCGGGGCCCUCCAGUCUACGAGGGUGGUAGACGGGAAUACGUUCCAGAGAUUGACCAACUACCCCGGUUUCAAGAGGAUCUAUGAAGCAUGUUCACCAUAUCUUGAAAGGAAGGAUUAAAUUUACCCACAAGUAAUAAUCUGAUAAUAAAUCUUUGCCUUGGCCACGAUAUGAUAUUCUUGGCGACCCGACUCUAACGGAAACGUCAUCAUUGUGACCGAUCGACUGUCGGAUUAUGAAGGCUCAGGGUCUAUUUAUCAUAUAGUGUUUUGCUCAUUGUCCCUUCGACUAUGUGUAGGCUGUAUUUAUAAACC